AAUACGAUGAAAAAUACUAUGCGUAAAACUUCUACAUUUUUCAAAAAACUUGGUAGCAAGUCAACCUCCGAUAAUUCUUUUAAUCACAGUGAACGCCCACCAAUUCCAGAUUUUCAAGUACACAAUUCUCAAUUUGUAUCUUCUGACACAUCACAACAUCAUACACCAGCCAUACUAGAUGUUAAAAGUGAUUCUACAAUUCUGGACCCUUUUUCAAAAAACAUUGAUGAUACCUUUUCAGAUAAUAGUGCAAGUAUUGAUGAAAAAGAAUUGCUUAAACGUACAUUACAAGAGUACUCCUCUGUGUAUAUUGAUUAUGAAUUAGACGAUGACAAUGAUCGAAAAUCAAGUUUGUACCGAAUGUCUAUACUAGGUGCUAACAAAAGUGUUCCUGAUAAUAUUGGGAGAACUUAUAAUUGGAAUGAUCAAUCUUCAUAUGAUACCACUGAGAAUAUACCGAUAAAUACGAGUUAUGCAACCAAUUUUUUUGAUAGUAAAAGAGUUAGUGGAAACACAUUCAUGAGUUUACCUGUAAUAAAAAGUGAAAAGAAAAAGGCAGAAUCAAAAAUGGUAUUGGAAGAUAUAAAAACUUUUAGUUUAUCUCGAGUCAAAGAGGAAGAUAAUGAAGAUGAUAUCAUUGUUAAAAAAUUCUCAUCAAAAAGUUCAAAAACAAAUAUGAAAGGGAGCACAAAGAAUUCAAUGAAUAAUGAAAGCGUAUCCACUACAAAUAUUGAUCUUAGAUCUCCUAUUCAAAGAUCUCCUUCCAGGAGUACUGAUGAUUCAUCUCCUAGCCGCAAAAGUAGUAAAAAAUCUUUUCAUAGCAGCAAAUCUACAACAUCUCUUUUUACACCAAGUUCUUUAAUGGCUGAAGCUGAAGAACACAUUGCAUUAUAUACAUCAUUAUCUGCACAACAACGAAGAGUCGUGUUGAAUAAAAGUGCAUCUCACGGCUCCUUUAGGGAUAUAAAAGAAGACGAUACGUUUGUUGAUAAUAGAACAUUGAGAGCUAAUUUGGAUGUAAGAGGUAUAAGUGUGAAGACAAGACCGGGAAGUGAAACAGGUACGAAUUCUGGUCUCAGCCAAGCUACGAUACCAAAACGGCCGGAUAAAAAAUUGCCGGAUAUACCAAAAAUAGACUUAAAAUCUAAGGCUGAUGUGUCAAACUCUCGUUCACCGCAUUGUCAAGCUUCCAGCAUUGCCAGUUCUU